UUUUGCAAUGCUUCUUUUCCUACUGGAGCCUCUGUCCGUGAUCUAGUUGAUAUUUUUACGAAAGAAAAGGUUAGUAUCAAAAUGGUCGUGUUAUCAAUUAAACUGAAAUAAUACUUCGUUGGUAGCUAACCAACCUAGCUAGCUCUGGCAAGCUAGCUCUGGCAAGGCAAGCUAGGUGGGUCGACACAUCCAACAAGCUAGCAAACUGGCUAAAUAACUAUCGCGGUAUUAGCGGACGCUAACUAGCUUAACUAACUUUGCCAAACAGCAUUUGAGCAAAGAUGGUCUUUUCUACUCUGUAUUUUUAUAACUAGCUAGCUAGUAAAGUUACUAGCAGUACUAGUAGGGAUGUGUAUCUUUCCAUUUCAAGUGAUUCGAUACGCAUUUAGAUGGGCUCCGAAGCGAUACAAGAACGAAACGUAAAAAAAAAUUAAGAAUAAUGUUUAGUCAUUUAGCACAGUGGUUCCCAAACUUUUUUGGUUUGUUUAUAAAGGAGCUCAGUCCGGCUUUAAACGUAUUCUUGAAAGUUGUACUAGUAGAAUGCAAAUUGGGUAGUGCAUCAUCAGUUCCUCUUGUCAUGUUUGUCAUUGCAUACCUUAGAGAGCUAUUUAUAACUUGUCAGAAAUGUCCAGAUCAACUAGCCUAUGUCUACGGUUUUGUAUUUCAUUUAGGUUUUUUAGCCCAUAGAUAUUGUUGUAAUUUUUUAGUCACUCAAAUAUCAUACGAAUUCACAUUAGACAUGGCAAAAUGUAUGGAAUUGCAAAGAAAUUUGCUUUAAAACAGCACAUUUCUUGUGCACCCCAUGACAAAAUGUGUAGAAUUGCAGGACAUACGCUUUAAACCUGCACAAUUCUCUCCACCAACAAGAAGGGUGUGAAACGAACAGUGCUUUUGCCAAUAGAAAUAGACGUGGGGUGCGCGGGAUGUUACCCAAUGCUGGAAGUGGGGGCCCCGAUUGGAAAAAGUUAGGAAACCCCUGAUUUAGCAGACGCUGUAAUCCUGAGCGAUUUACAGUUAAUGCUUUAAUCGUAAAAUAGCUAGGCGGGACAACCACAUAUCACAGGCAUAGAAAGUAAAAUGUUCCUCAAAGUAGCUAUCAGUAGAGUCAGAGCUAGGGGGGUCAAGUGCAAGUACUGUUUCAGUUGUGUAUUAAUUUAUUUUUGUUAAUCUCUCGUGUACAGAUGAAACGGCGAGAAUCUGUCAAAGCCCAAGUAGAACAACAUACGCUUGGUCCAAGACAUGCUUCAAUAUAGGAAUCUGAUAAACUAUGUAUUUACUAUUUUUCUUGAUUUUUACAAAACAAUGGUUGAACACCCUUUUAUCUUCCGCCCUUUGGCGCUUUAUGGUUUUGGAGAAAAGUUCAGGAACACGAUUAGAUCCUUUUAUCAAAACACAUAGCUCAGUGUCCUUAACACUAGGGACUAAUCCACGAUUUGACAUAAGUCGUGGAAUUAAACAAGGCUGCUCUAUUUCACCAUCACUCUUUCUUAUGGCUGCAGAAAUGCUGUCAAUUCUUAUCAAGAAUUCUGAUAUAGAAAAGCUGAGUGUUUUUGAUGACCGGAAUUGCACUUCAAAAUAUUUAAUCUAUCUUGUGAGAAUUGCUUUGGCAUAGAUUAUAUUUUGAUCACAAUAACUGUAUUUUGUGACUCAGAAAUUGAAACGGACCAUUUAUUUUUCCUUUGUGUUUACAGCAACACAUUCUGGAGUGAUAUGUUUUGACUGGUUAGAACAAAAAUCUUUCCAAUAACCCAGUUUACUAGAGAUAAUGUAGCUUUCGGUAUAAUAAUGGAAGAUAAGAACAUAGAAUUUAAUUUUAGAAUGUUUUACUUGUUUUGGGUACAUUUUAUAUUCGUAAAAGUAAAUGCAUAAAAAUGCAGCCUUUGCUUAUAGUUUUUCAGCAAUAUAUUUUUUUUAAAACUUUGAUUCAUUGAAAUGUAUAGGAAGGAAAAAAAGUAAGCAAAAAAUAAAUUGAUGAAUUAAUUAGAUUUAUUAGAAGACCCCAUAGCUUAAGUUAUGCCUCAUUGUAGCCUAUAUUUAUUUUCCUAUUUGUUUUCUUUAUUUUGGUUUAUUUAGCUAUGUUGUACCCCUUGUGUGCUCUGUUUGCCACGGACUCUAUUUGAAUGUAUGUUAUGCCUUAUUGUAAUUGGCAAAACAUUUUAAAUAAAGAGCUGCAGUAUUUCCUGGUUUUGGGUUUAAGUCGUUGAUUAUUUGGACGACUCAGGAUUGGGCGAAGGCGGUGCUUAAACUUACCCUCCAAGCUCAUAAUUUAGCUCGAGGCCUUGGGUCUGAAUCCCGCCCUAUGCAAUUGGGUCCUGGACUUCCUGAAGGGACGGCCCCCAGGUGGUGAAGGUAGGAAACAACACCUCCACUUCGCUGAUCCUCAACACUGGGGCCCCACAAGGGUGCGUGCUCAGCCCACUCGUGUACUCCCUUUUCACCUAUGGCUGCGUGGCCAAGCACGCCUCCAACUCAAUCAUCAAGUUUGCAGAGGACACAACAGUAGUAGGCUUGAUUACCAAUAAUGACGAGACAGCCUACAGGGAGGAGGUGAGGGCUCUGGGAGUGUGGUACCAGGAAAAUAACCUCACUCAAUGUCAACAAAACAAAGGAGAUGAUCGUGGACUUCAGGAAACAGCAGAGGGUGCACCCCCAUAUCCACAUCGACAGGACCGCAGUGGAGAAGGUGGAAAGCUUCAAGUUCCUUGGCGUACACAUCACUGACAAAUUUAAAUGGUCCACACACACAGACAUUGUGGUGAAGAAGGCGCAACAGAGCCUCUUCAACCUCAGGAGGCUGAAUAAAUUUGACUUGGCACCUUAAACCCUCACAGAGCAUCCUGUCGGGCUGUAUCACCGCCUGGUACGUCAACUGCACCGCCCUAAACCGCAAGGCUCUCCAGAGGGUGGUGCGGUCUGCCCAACGCAUUACCGGGGGCAAACUACCCGCCCUCCAGGACACCUACAGCAUCCGAUGUCACAUGAAGAACAAAAAGAUAAUCAAGGACAGCAACCACCCGAGCCACUGCCUGUUCACCCCACUAUCAUCCAGAAGGCGAGGUCAGUACAGGUGCAUCAAAGCUGGGACCAAGAGACUGAAAAACAGCUUCUAUCUCAAGGCCAUCAGACUGUUAAAUAGCCAUCACUAGCACAUUAGAGGCUGCUGCCUAUAGACAUAGACUAGAAGUCACUGGCCACUUUAAGAAAUGGAACACUAGUCACUUUAAUAAUGUUUACAUAUCUUGCAUUACUCAUCUCAUAUGUACAUACUGUAUUCUAUACUAUUCUACUGUAUCUUAGUCCAUGCCGCUCUGUCAUUGCUCGUCCAUAUGUAUAUAUUCUUAAUUCUAUUCCUUACUUAGAUAUGUGUGUGUAUUGGGUAUAUGUUGUGAAAUUGUUAGAUAUUACAGCACAGUUGGUGCCGUUUGACUAGGCUACUGAUAUUGCCUGGGGUUGUAGAUCAAUGACUGUCAACACAAUGAAAUGCUUAGUUCUACACUGAAGGAGAGGACGCAGUUGUCACAAAAUAUGAGGGAUUUCCCGACGGUAGAAAGAAAGUAAUUUGAGCAAAACGUUUUUUUGUGAACCGCCGAUUCGUAACCUUUUAAUCGAUUUCCUGGCCGAUGCUACAUUUGGAUCGGUUUGGGGUCCCGAAGACUGAUGCGCUCAUAUCUUAUACAUUUGAACCGGGGACCGAUGCGUACUGGUUAAUCAUUACGUCCCUAUUAGCUAGCUACUUGCCUAAUGUUUCUUCUAUCGUUUUCAGGGAAUCCCGUCAUCAGAUCUCUACGUCAAGAAUAAUGGGACGAUUAUCAGAGCUUGAUGAGAAAUUGCAGGCUGGAGCGGUGUAUCGACUGGAGCCUCGUCUCUGUGGUGGGAAAGGAGGUAGCUAACUAACUAGUUAUUAAAGUCUAAGGGGCAAGCAUUCUAGCUAGCUAACUAGCAAGCUAGUUAGUUAACAGGUUAAUUACUUCCAUCUAGCUAGUUAGCUAGCUACUUAAAAAAAUACUAAUUUACUGUUAAGCCUAAAGUUGGUGGACAGGUGUGAAAUGUUGCUUACAUUAUUCUGAAUAAGUGAGUAAAUGAAAAACUAACUGUUCCAUUAUUUGUAAUUGGCAGGCUUUGGGUCUAUGCUUAGGGCUCUUGGGGCACAAAUUGAGAAGACCACAAACCGCGAAGCCUGCAGAGAUCUAAGCGGAAGGCGAUUAAGAGAUGUCAACCAUGAGAAAGAGUAAGAUGGUCAUCCCACAGACUCUAUUUUAUCAGGGAUUUGAAAUAUUUUCCUAACUAGGUGUCCUAGAUGAAGCUCGCCUGGUGCAUUUGAUCAUCAAUUUGCACUUUUGGUGCAAUGUAAUGGACCUCGGUGUGACAAGUGAGCAAAUUCGUUGAGGAUGCUCUCUCUCUAUCACCUAAAUGGCAUGAAUAAAUAGGUAAUAAAAAUGAGGUCAUAUUGUGUGUGUCUGUGUCUUCAGGAUGGCAGAGUGGCUUAAGAAGCAGGCAGACCGCGAGGCAGAGAAAGAGCAAAGGCGUCUGGAGAGACUGCAGAGGAAGCUGGCCGAGCCCAAGCAUCACUUCACAGACCCAGACUACGAGCAACAGUGCCACGACCUCUCAGAACGCCUGGAUGACUCAGUCUUAAAAGGCACUCAUUUCAAAUAGAUAUUUAGAAUUAAUGGUAGAAUAGUAUGUUUAUUGUCCAUUUGUAAGAAUGGAAAUGUUUGUUUUUCACCCAACCUCGCUGACACACACGGUUGGAAGCUGCACAGGGCCAAACACAGUGCAUAGCCCCUGGUGUAAUUUUUAUGGAGAUAUCUUUAUAUAUAGAGAGACAUUUCUUUAUGAUCUGUGCUAUGGAAAAUGAUUGCAAUGUAAAGGGCUGUUUGAUCCAUAGAACUAAUUCAAGGAUGAGUCUAACAGUCUGUUUUUUAGGAAUGCAAGCCUCUUCCAGCGGACUUGUGAAAGUAGACGAGGCACCGAAACGCAAAAAGCCACCUCCAAACAAAGGCCAAGGGAAAAGUAAGAAGAAAUGCUUUUGGUGAGUGAGCUUUGUCAUCUUGGUUCAAUGUUGUUGUAAAAAAAAAAAGACAUCAAAUGUAAUGGGGGGGAAAAAACUGCCCAGUAGUGAAAUGUUUAGGAUUUUACAGGACGGGUGUUGGUGGCCUGGAUGACCUGGACAGCUCUGAGGAUGACGAUGCUGCAAGCGACAGCGGGAACUCUCCCUCAACAUCUGAUUCUGGCUCAGGGGUACCCAGUAGUCCCGUAAAGGGAGCAACGCCAGCUCACACCUCAGCCUCUCAGAGCAGAGCGGAACAAACAGCAACUCCAGAAGCUCCUAGCACAAGCAGCAACUCCAGCUCAGGACCCAGAUCUCCAGAGAGCCCAGCAGAGGUGCAGACACAAUCUCAAGCAGAGGCAGUAGCUUCGGGCACCAGUGAUGGUGGGGCUCAGAAGGAGGUGGUCCCCACAGAAGAAACAUUCCCAAAGACCGACAGUCUAAGCAAAGCUCAGAGUAGCACUAACAAACCCACUGUGAGUUUCUUAAUGUUCCACUCAAGAUUUGUUCUCUUGGCCCUUAUAAGUCCAUUAUUUCAUGUUUUCAAUAUUACAUCAUCCAUACUUGCUCCUUGGUUUUUCUGCUUGCACCUUGGUUUUUCUGGGUCAGCCCAGAAUGGAAAUAAGAUGUUAAGACAACCAGAGUUAUGUUUAAUGGCUCAUAAUGCGCCACGAAAGGUACUUUGCAACAAGACCAACUGCAGUCAAGCAAAAUAGAACAGCGUAAUGAGCAGUUACUUUUAAAGAUUAACUCGUGUGUUUCUCCCCCGGUAUGCAGUGGGAAGAUGGGCCCUUAGACCUCCAGGCAGUGCACUCGGACAAGGAGCUGGAGACUUUGGGGUUGGACAGGCUAAAGGCAGAACUGAUUGCACGGGGGAUGAAGUGUGGGGGAACCCUGUCCGAGCGCGCUGUUCGCCUUUUCUCCACCAUGGGGCUUUCUGCAGAGGACAUCGAUCCUGCCCUAUUGGCCAAACCCAGCAAGGGCAAAAAUAAAUGA